GGGACGCUGGUGAGGAGAGCUGCGUGUUUGUCAUCUGCUGAAACAGUUCUGUUUGGUGAAAGAGACAAAUCGACACCUUCCACUCCCUCCUUUGAGUCCUCCUGUAUAGAAGUCGGUUUAUUUUUCACAGCCAGGAGGUUUUGCGUUCAAAGACAAAAAUGAGAAAAAAAAAAUGGUAAAACCAAACUGCAUUCAGCUGCUGUCCGUGGGCACAAGGGGGUUCCAUAAAUGUCUCAAAUGUGCGGGCGCGAUGCAGGAAUUGCAGCAGAGUGCCUGGUUUGGGGCGGGCCCCCCUGGGCAAGGCUGCAGAGGGGCAGCGGGACAGGCUCCAGGCUGGCCGAUCUGGCCAAGCAGGGCUGUAGCUUUUUGGCAAUUUCAUUAAAAGCUUCGCGUCCAGCUCUUCAUUUCAAAAGGCCCACUGAAAGCAGGUCAGAGGUUGAUAACCCCAAUGCUGGGAUUCCACCUGGAUCUCGAUGAGCCCUGGGGCAGGGCACCCCGCAGCCACCGGCUCAGUGGUCUCCAGUUUUUCAGCGCUGCUGGAGGUGGAACAAAGCCUGGAGCGUGGGGCCGCAGCGCAGGCUCCUCAGCUUGGCAUUUGCUCGUUUUUCCCAUCUCUGAUCGUGCUUUGCCUGUGCAGAUGAAUCCAUCCACGUACGAGGCCCCAGAGCCCCGUUCACCUCCCCGAGCUCAGGGGCAGGAGGCUCAGCGGGGCGCAGCGAGGGAGAGGGGACGCGGUGGCGAUGCUGCUGCUGGGUCAGGGCUUGCACUGGGCACCAGCACAGCCCUGUUGUGCUCCAGCCCAAACAAAUAUUUUGCCUUUUUUUUUUUUUUUUUGGCUUUGCGCUGCGCCUGUUUCUAGGCUAAACCCUCCCCUUUACUGCUGAUGGGAGAGUUUUCCAGAGAAGCUGGCAAGAAGCAGCGUGAACGUGCUGAUGCGAGUUUCCACGUUAAUCUGCUGCAGAUCGAGCGGCGCAUUUCUAAGGGACAGCCGGGAGAAAUCCGAACAACGCUUCCAUGGUGCGCCGCGAGCCCACGCUAUUGAGAUGAAAUCCCACUGGACGCAAUCGGGUGGACGCGGCUGCUGCAUCAGCGUCCGGGCAAAGUGCUGCCCUGUCCAGCCGCAGCGCAUAAAUAGCGAGGCUGCCGCCUGCCACCAGCGCAGGAGCUCUCCGGGAGAGGCACGAUGACCGAGCAGCAAAGUUCCCCCGAGCAGAUGGCGACUGGGGAGGGUGCUGGCGAGUACGGUGGCACCUACAAGGUCACCAUCUACGAGCUGGAGAACUUCCAGGGCAGGAGGUGCGAGCUGACGGAGGAGCUCCCCAACGUGGCUGAGAAGGAGCUGGAGAAGGUUGGCUCCAUCCAGGUGGAGUCCGGCCCGUGGCUGGGCUUCGAGCGCCAAGCCUUCGCCGGGGAGCAGUUUGUGCUGGAGAAGGGGGACUACCCGCGCUGGGACUCCUGGUCCAACAGCCACAGCAGUGACAGCCUGAUGUCCAUCCGCCCCCUCCAGAUCGUGAGUAGGGGCGGCGAUGGGGUCUGCGGGGCUUGGGGGGGGGGGGGGGAGUCCCAGGGCAGCCCCUCACAGCGUGUCCCCCAGGACAGCCCCGAGCACAAGAUCCACCUCUUUGAGAACGUGGGCUACACCGGGCGGAAGAUGGAGAUCGUGGACGACGACGUCCCCAGCCUCUGGGCCCACGGCUUCCAGGACCGCGUGGCCAGCGUCAGGGCCCUGAACGGGACGUGGGUGGGCUACGAGUACCCGGGGUACCGGGGCCGCCAGCACGUCUUCGAGAAGGGCGAGUACCGGCACUGGAACGAGUGGGACGCCAACCAGCCCCUGAUCCAGUCCGUGCGCCGCGUGCGGGACCAGCAGUGGCACCAGCGGGGCUGCUUCGAGAACAGCUGAGGAGCCCCCCCCCAAGCCCUGCGCCCCCAGCACCGCCCGGCACGCCGGGGGCAGGCUGACGUGUGCUGCAGCUGGCGCCGUGACCUUGGUGUUUAUUUUGUGCAAAAACCUCAAUAAAGCUCUGAGCUGGAG